AUGGACGCAGCUGCCGAUGUUCCCACUGCGGCAGCUGAGAAGGCUGGGCAGCCUUCAGGACCCCCGGACGAGGGCAAAAGGCGCAAGAAAUCGCGUUGGGGCAAGGAGACAGAGGCAGGCCUGAAGAUCCUGGAGCAGGUACAGCAGCCUGGUGCCUCUGACGCUGUGGCAGGCCCGCCUGCUCCGAGUGACGCGCCUGCAGCUGCACCUCCUGCCGCCGCGCCGCCCCCCGAUGCCGCGCCUCCGCACGACGCCCCGGGCGCCGAGCCGCCGCUCAAGCGCCGCCGCAGCAGCCGGUGGGAAGUGGCGGAGGCGCGGCCGGCGCCGGGGGCGGGCGCGGCGGGGGCGGCCGGCCAGAUCGUGCUGCCAGAGUCCAUCGCCGCGCUGGUCAGCCUCCACGCCGACCCCCAUGUCGUCGAGCUGCAGUCCCAGCUCAGGCUGGUGGAACAGAAGCUGCAGCUGGUGCAGCAGGGCAAGUGGGUCGACCCGCGGAACGAGUACGAGCGCUCGCCGUCGCCAGAGCCGGUCUAUGGCGAGAGCGGCGCGCGCAUCAACACGCGCGAGUGGCGGCAGAAGGAGGCGCUCACCAAGCGGCGCACGAAGCGUCUGGAGAAGGAGACGGGCGCCAAGAUCGUCAUCCGCGGCCGCGGCAGCGUCAAGGAGGGCCGCGGGCGGCCGCCGGGCGCGCGGUCAUCGGACCCCGCGGAUGACGAGGACCUGCACGUCCAGAUCACAGCCGAUGACGAGGACGCCUUGGACAAGUUGAACUCCUAG